AUGGCUUCCGCAACCACGACCGUACCGCCGCCCCAAAAUCCCACUCCAGACGUAAAUACUGUCGCAUCCGGAAGAGCUGCUCGGGGAGGCUCGAGAGCAGCAUCCAGCAGUAAUGGCUCCAGGGGUCGAGGGAGAGGUAGAGGCAAUAGGGGCCAUCGUACAGAUGCGGCCCCACACCGCCAAAGACCACAGCAAACAUCCUUACCGCAGCGCCCUGCUCCUCCGCGAGCCCCACCCGACGACCUUGGUGGUGGCGGCGUCUCUGGUUUAGAUCCAACCAGAGACGCCGCCACGCACAUGAAGGGUCAAUUCGUUGUUCCUACAAUCAAAAGAGAAGAGACAGAGGAUGUUGAGGCAGAAGUUUGCUUUAUCUGCGCUUCUCCUGUGACCCACAACUCCAUUGCUCCUUGCAAUCAUAGGACGUGUCAUAUCUGUGCGCUUCGAUUGAGAGCGCUGUACAAGACUAGGGCAUGCGCACAUUGUCGCGCAGAAGCUAAUUAUGUGAUUUUCACAGACGACCCAAACAAGCGUUUUGAAGAGUUUGGCGACAAGGACAUUGAACACACCGAUGAGACGCUCGGUGUCAAGUACACCCAGAAAGACAUACAUGAAGAGACUAGACUGCUUCUACGAUACAAUUGUCCAAAUGCCGAAUGUGACAUUGCUUGUUGGGGCUGGCCAGAUCUUCAUCGUCAUGUCAAGAAAGAGCAUCAAAAGGUCAUGUGUGAUCUAUGUACACGUAACAAGAAAGUCUUCACCCACGAGCAUGAGCUUUUCACACCUCAGGAGUUGAGAAAACACGAAAAAUUUGGGGAUGACAACCCGGGCGCGGUAGAUCAAAGCGGCUUCAAGGGGCAUCCGGAAUGCGGCUUCUGUAGACAAAGAUUCUAUGGUGAUGAUGAUUUGUACGUGCACUGUAGAGAGAAGCACGAGAAGUGUCACAUUUGUGAUCGGAGAGGCCAGGGACGACAACAACAAUACUACGUGAAUUAUGAUUCACUAGAACAACAUUUUCGAACUGAUCAUUUCAUGUGUCCUGAUCAGGAAUGCUUGGAGAAGAAAUUCGUGGUCUUCGAAUCUGAGAUGGACCUGAAGGCACAUCAGCUGGAGGUACAUCCUAAUGGGUUGACGAAGGACGCUAGGAGAGACGCCAGACGGGUGGACAUGUCAGGCUUCGAUUACCGUGAGCCUCAUCAAGAACCACGAAGAGGAAGGGGCGAUAGAGAUGGUAGGGGAAGAGGGCGAGGGCGAGGCAGAGAUCCAAACUCCGAAACCUUGCCCCAAUCCACAGCUCAGUCGAUGUCAAGAGAUGAGCUGGCAUUUCAAAGACAGAUGGCGAUUCAAACCUCUCAAUCAACAACACCUCGGACCUUUGGCAGUCAGCUAACUCCCACAGAGACAUAUGCCGCAAGGCCACCUUCAAGGUCACCGGACACUACAACGGCUCCUCGCAAUCCAACGUCGAGCAAUCCGUCAUUUCCAGCUAUUGACAACCUCAAUCUAACCUCGACAUCCUCCAACACGGCAUCUCAGGCUCAAAAUCAAGCUUUGACGCCCCAGCAGCAAGCUCGCCAAAUCCAUCAUGCUGCCAUCAUUGAACGCGCCGGAAUCCUCCUUCACCACAACGCCGCCAAGGUCACCUCCUUCCGUGAUGGUGUGUCAGCCUACAAAAAUAAUGCCAUCUCCGCCAAUAACCUCAUUGACAAAUUCUUCACCCUCUUCGACUGCCCUAGCUCCGAUCUCGGCAAACUCUUCAAAGAACUCGCCGACCUCUAUGAAUCCGAACCCAAACGGAAUGAGCUCCUCAAAGCCUGGAAUGACUGGCGUGCCAUCAACGAAGACUAUCCAUCCCUCCCCGGCCCUAACGGCAUCCUUCCCGUUUCAUCAUCCGGCAAUAACGCCGCUGUAGGCGGAGGCGGCCACCGCGUCCUAAAGCUCAAGAGCUCAACGGCGCAAAGCUCCCGCAGCGCAGUCAGCAAGCAACGAAGUUGGGGCAAUGCCGCUGCCUCCGCAAACCAAUUUCCAGCCAUAUCGAACACGGGUAGUAUUGCACGGGUGGGGACGACGACGCCUUGGGUCACGACGACUGCUUCAGGUACGAGUCCGAAUCCUAGCCGGCCUGCCUCAACGGCGCCGAAGUCGCAGCAGCAGCAGCAGCAGCCGAAACCGGGUUCUGCGGAUGCGUUUCCUGCGUUGCCGAUGGCGCCGAAACCGAAUACGUUGAUGGCUGGGUUAAGUAGGGGGACGGUUAGGUGGGACGAUGGGAGGGGAGCAAGUCCGGUGAGUGCGUGGGGAGGUGUGGUGGUUGAUAGGGGAGAGAGGAGUGGAGAAGCAAGUGUUGGAAAAGAUGCUGGACAAGUGGAGGAAGUGGGAGGGAAGAAGAAGGGGAAGCAGGCGAAGAAGGAGGUGUUGUAUAAAUUUGGUUGA